AUGGCUCCCCCGCACCCGAGAGAUCCAUCUACUGCUGCCAAUUAUGAGCAGGUUUCCUUUCCCAUCCUGCCUUGUUUCACACAAACUGUCGAUUUAGGUGACUGUCUCGCAUUACGCUCUGAAAUGGAAAGUUGACUUCGAAAAGAAGCACAUCCUCGGAGCAGUUAGCGCUACUCUUGACGUGAAGAAUGUCACCGAAAAGAUUGUUCUGGAUACCCGUGAUCUGACGAUCCAUUCAGUUGCUCUGACGCUCAAUGGAGAACAGAAAAAGGCGGGAUUCGUGCUGGAAGAUAAUGAAGCACUCGGCCAGAAACUGGUGAUCUCUACGGUUCCUCUGAAGUCUGGGGACAAGCCACUGCUCGAGAUUGGUUACGAAUCCAGCAACAAUGCGGCGGCUCUUCAAUUUUUGACCGCUGAGCAGACUACUGAUAGAGUGGUGAGAAUUCUGAAAUGAAAAAAAACAGUGUGAUAAGGAGAACGAUAAACUUCAGGCCCCGUAUCUCUUCUCGCAAUGCCAGGCCAUCAACGCUCGCUCGAUCGUCCCUUGCAUGGACACUCCUUCCGUCAAGAGCACGUACGAGGCGGAAGUGUGUGUUCCCGUCGGAUUGACGUGUCUCAUGUCGGCUAUCGGACAGGGAUCGAAGCCGUCCGAGUGCGGCAAACGGACUAUCUUCCAAUUCAAACAACCGGUCGCCAUCCCUUCCUACCUUCUCGCGGUCGUCGUUGGUCACCUACAACAGAAGGUUAUCAGCGAAAGAUGCUCUGUUUGGGCCGAACCCUCGCAAGCUGAAGCUGCUCUCUACGAAUUCGAAGAAACUGAGAAGAUUCUGAAGGUGGCCGAGGAAGUGGCCGGGCCUUACGUCUGGGGAAGAUACGACAUGGUCGUUCUGCCGGCGACGUUUCCGUUCGGAGGAAUGGAGAAUCCCUGCCUCACUUUCAUCACUCCGACUCUUUUGGCCGGCGAUCGCAGUCUCGUGAAUGUGGUCGCCCACGAGAUCUCUCACAGCUGGACGGGAAAUCUGGUAACCAACUUCUCCUGGGAGCAUUUCUGGCUCAACGAAGGAUUCACUGUCUUCCUGGAGCGGAAGAUUCACGGCCGAAUGUACGGAGAGCUAGAGAGACAGUUCGAGAGUGAAAGCGGAUACGAAGAAGCGCUUGUCCGCACUGUCAACGACGUCUUCGGGCCAGAUCACGAGUAUACGAAGCUAGUGCAGAAUCUUGGAACCGCCGAUCCGGACGAGGCGUUUUCGUCUGUUCCGUACGAGAAAGGAUCUGCUCUUCUGUUCACAAUCGAACAGGCAUUGGGGGAUAACGGCCGUUUCGAACAGUUUUUGAGGGAUUACAUUCAGAAGUACGCAUACAAAACAGUUUCGACGGAGGAGUGGAAAGAAUAUCUCUACGACACAUUCACUGAUAAGAAGGCCAUUCUGGAUAGCAUCGACUGGACUCUGUGGCUGCACAAGGCGGGACUUCCUCCGAAGCCAAAGUACGAUUCGACUCUGAUGCAGGCGUGCAAGGCACUCGCUUCCAAAUGGACAACAGAAGGAGCGGAGGCGCCGACGGACGGGGAACAGUUCGCAAAGAUGUCGAACUCGCAGAAGUUGGCAGUCAUUGAUGCGAUCCGCGUGAAUAAAAAGACGUUCGGAGAUCGGAUGCCCUCUUUGACGGCCACUUACAAAUUGGAUCAGGCCAAAAACGCGGAGCUCAAGUUCUCGUGGCUCAUGCUGGGUCUCGAAACAAAAUGGACUCCGAUUGUGGAAGCCAGUCUGGCGUUCGCAUUGGUUAUGGGUAGAAUGAAGUAUUGCAAACCAAUCUACAGGUGAGAUAGAUGUCAGUUUAAAGAUGACGAAGUGGAGAUUUCAGAUCGCUUUUCGAAUGGAGUGCGACCCGUGAAAGAGCCAUUUCGCAGUUCAAGACCAACAUUCCGAACAUGCAUCCGAUUACCGUCAAAGCUAUCCAAAGCCUUCUAAAGUAG